UGUAUAAUGUAUUAUAAUAUAAAUGGAUUGAAAACGGUGUUUAAUUACAACGCUUUUGUUUCAUUUAAAUAGUAAAUUUAGAAGUUAAUAAAUUAUUACAAGAAUUUCGUGACAUAUGUUCUUGUGAAACUCCCGCACACUAAUGACACUAAGUACAUAAAAAAAUCAUUUUUCUAAAUGAAAAAGAGCCAAUUCCAAAGGCAAAGCAAAAUUACUAAGAAGCAAAGAAGAGCAUUGAUUUUUAUAAGGAUCUAAUCGUAUCGAGAAAAUUUGAAAUAUGGCUUUUAUUAAACAAGAAGUUGUAGUUAAUAAAAAAUGCAGUUAUGAUACAGCCAUGGAUCUUACAGGCUUCGGAAUAUAUAACAUUAUAAUGCUGACGUCAUGCUGUCUCAUAAUACUGGCAAUGUACAUGGACAUAUUCGGUUUCUCCGUGGUGAUGCCGGCCGUUGCCUGUGAUAUGGACCUUACGACCGCAGAACAAGGUCUACUCUCUGCUAUACCGUUGAUUGGUGUUAUGUUCUCGUCUUAUGUGUGGGGCUUCUGCGCUGAUACAAGGGGUCGUCGAACCACUCUUCUAUUCGCGAUGCCAGUAGGAUCUAUCUUCGGCUUCGCAGCCAGCAUGGCGCCUUCCUAUAUCUCGCUAGCUAUAUUGAAAUUUUUGUCAGCCAGUUUUACAUCAUCGGCUAAUGCAGCAGCUUUUGUACUAGUCGGGGAAAGCACCCCAAAGAGGCACAGAAGCAGAUUCAUGUUUCUCCUGGCCAGUGCCACAAUGUGCGUCCAGUUUAUAAUUUGCUCCUUCGCUCUACCGGUUUUCAAACAUUCGUUCUACAUCGAAAUAUCGUGGUUGCACAUGGAAUACCGCCCGUGGCGGAUGCUGAUGCAGAUCAUCAGUAUACCAGGAGUUAUAGGAACUAUCGCUAUGGCCUUCCUCAACGAGAGCCCAAAGUUUCUGCUCAGCAGAGACCAGACUGUAAAAGCAUUGGAUACUCUUAAAUCCAUUUAUAGAUGGAAUACUGGCAGAAAACCAUAUACUUAUCCAGUCAGUAGUGUUUAUCUGGACGAAGAGCCGGUUCUAAUGGAAAACUCUUCGUUCUUCCGGAAGAUGUGGGAUCAAACAGCGCCCCUCUUUAAGCCUCCACUACUGAAAAAUUCCUUGAUGCUCUACUACAUUCUAAUGUGCGCUUACAUGACAUCAACCGGUUACACUAUGUGGGUGCCCACAAUGACGAACGCAUACUUCAGCGGUGGCGACAAGAACGGACUGACAUUCUGCGAAGUGGCAAGUAACGCCGCCUCUGCAACGAACUCUACUUUAAAAGACUGCGAUAACAUUAUCCAACCAAUGACGCUAUACGCAGUCAUGUGCUACUCGGGAGUGUCGACCGUAUCCUCAGUUCUCCUGUCCUUCGCCGUAGGACCUUUAGGGAAAAAGUUGACCACGCUCCUAGUGUUUGCCGCAGCAGCAUUCUGCGGGGUUCUACUCCUGUUCGUCAGGAUACCAAUGCUCAGUAUAGCACUGUUCUUCUUAUUUCUAUACGUGGCGCUAAUAUUGGGAAACGUGAAUAGCUAUUUAGUGGAAUGGAACCCUACACACUUAAGAGGAAUGGCAACAUGCCUAUCCGUUGUUGUCGCUCGAGGAUUCGGCUUUAUCAGCGUGCAACUAAUAGCCAGUUUACUGACUGACUACUGCACGCCGAUGAUCAGUGGAUAUGUACUACUAGUUAUUUCUGGAUUCGUAGUUUCGAUAUUCUUGCCGCCUGAAAGAAAACCUGUAUCACAAUCAGACGAAGAAAAACCAAUUGAUCAGUAAUUUUAAGCAUUAAGUCGACCCGAUGAAAAAAGUCCUGCUUAAUAGAAAUAUUAAGUUUAAUAUCUAUGUUAAUUAGUGUAAACAGAUAACCGUUAGUUAAUAGGUACUUGUAUUUUUUUCUUCAAAAUGUACUUCUUGGUCCUCCCGAUCCACAAACAGUGCUUUUAGAUACCCCAAGCACCGGUCAUCGUUCUCGUCGAACCCGUCACUUGCGACGAAGGGCUCAGCGAGUAAAUUAACCCACAGACACAGCCCACUGAAUUUCUCGCCGGGUGUUCUCAGUGUGGUAGAUUCUGUUAACCACUGCCCUUGCUAGGGUUUGUGUUAGCAACAACGUCAGGUUUGAGCCCCGUGAGCUCACUUACUAGCCCGGUCACGCUGAUAUGGUCUCUCUAGAUCAGUGAUUCUCAACCUUUUUUUUUGUUGCGGCACAUAUUUAACGAUUUCAAAAUUUGGCGGCACACAACAAAAAAGAUAAAAAAUAUUUACUUAAUACAACACACUGCAUAAAUAGUUUAUCAAAAAAUUUUAAUAUACGAAAUAAACUAAAAUAUACUAUAUUUUUUUUUUGUGGAUUUAAAUAUAUAUUCAUGUUUAAAAUAUUUUUCUUUUAAAAUGAUAUAAAUUAUUUGGCGGCACGCUUUUGAAAUUUGGCGGCACACAAUAGUGCCGCGGAACAGUGGUUGAGAAUCACUGCUCUAGAUCAUCAGCUUAUGUAGGAAAAAAAACUUCUAUGUUAAUGAUCAAGAGUAAAGUGCCACUAUAAAAUGAAACAAAAACCACAAAA